AUGACUUCCUCGAGUAAGGGUACGUUUCAACCCGAAUCAGAUGUACACAUCACCUACGAGGAUCAACAAAAAAUCAACAAAUUCGCCCGGCUAAACGCCAAGCUGGAAGACUACAAGGACCAAAUCAAAUUCAAAGAGAACGACCUGAUGAACAUUGAAGACGCUUGCAACGAAAUCGAAUUAAUGGACAGCGACGAGCAGAUUCCCUACCUGGUAGGCGAGGUAUUUAUCUAUCAAAACGUGGAGAAAACCGAGAAGUGCUUGGACGAAACCAAAACGAAGAUCGAAGAAGAAAUUAAAGAUUUGAAAUCGAAGGCCGACGGCGUUAAAGAGAACAUGGGCGACCUCAAGUCGCACCUGUACGGGAAAUUCGGAAGCCACAUUAAUUUAGAAGUCGACGAAGAACAGUAA